CAGCGAACGGACGAUAGCAUCGCUGCGCUCGAGCGGCGAGCAUCCGAUAUCGCGGUCACGUGUGCGCCAUAUACGCGUCUCCACGGUCGCGGCUCUCCGUUCGACUCCACCGCGACUUCUCGGGCACACGCAUGUCAAAGCAGUUCGUCCAUGUCCUGUGCUCGCACUGAGAUGCCAUUGAGAUGGCUGAUACACCACGGUGUAACUCAUACCUUGUCCUCGCGAUCGCCUGACCUGAACCCAUAUGGCUCAAACGGAGCGCAGAGUUCACCAGCCCAUCCACCCGGACGUGCUCCUAAACUCGAUCCAGAGUUCGCCGCCUACUGGAAUGCUACUGACGCGUACAAUAUCCUCUUGAGCUACGUCCUUGGGAUCCGCGUGUCGCAAUGGACCGCACGUACUCGGUCGGCAAGGUGGAAGAUAUAGUUCUGGGCAAGUUCGAUGUACGCGUGUAUUCGCCGGAUGGCGAAGCCCCAGAACGAGGGUGGCCUGUCUUCAUCUACUUCCACGGAGGCGAGAUUGUUGACUGUGGUUGGACUCUCGGAAAUAUAACCACGAACGGUGCCUUUGCUUCCAACGUUUGCAAGCGUGCGAACUGUGUCGUCGUCGCCGUCAACUACCGUCUCGCUCCUGAGAACCCGUAUCCUGCCGCCGUGGAGGAUGCCGUAGAAACGUUGCAGUGGGUCUAUCGAGAGGGCAAGGAACGGCUGAAUGCAGACUUGUCAAGACUCGCGGUUGGCGGCUCCUCUAGCGGAGGUAACCUCGCCGCGAUUCUUGCGCACAAGGCCAUACACUUCGAGCCUCCUAUCCCGCUUGUCUUUCAAUUGCUUGUGGUACCGGUGAUCGACAACACCGCUUCGCUCACGGGAGUUCCGUACAAGUCGUGGGCGGAGAACGCGAACACGGUCCAGCUGACCCCUGCAUUCAUGCUCUGGUUCCGCGACAACUACCUUCCAAAUUUGGCGGACCGUGCAGCAUGGGAAAGCUCACCUAUCUAUGCCCCAGAGUCUUCGUUCAAGAAGCUGCCGAAGGCUUGCGUUCAGGUGAUGGAACUGGACAUAUUGCGCGAUGAGGGGAUUGCGUACGCGGAGAAGUUGAGGCAGCAUGGCAUCGAAGCGGAGGUCAUACUCUACAAGACGGCUCCGCAUCCGAUUCUGUCUAUGGAUGGAGUCCUGGAGAUUGGUCGGCGCUGUGUCACCGAUGCUGUCCAGGCAGUGGCACGAGCCUUCGGCACGGCGUGAUAUGACUGGGACGAGGCAUUCAUUAUGUGUGCUAGAGAAGCGUGGAGAGGCACAAGUACUCUGAGUUCGACUUGCGCUUUCUGCUGACGCGUUGCCGGAAGCGUUGGUACGACGAUACACUUGAUGAUACACAGCAUUCUCAAUGUCUG